AUGAAAUUUUGUCGGAUGAGUAAGAGAUUCGCGUGGAUUUCUCUUGUAGGAAAGAGGCAAAGGCAAAAAGUAGGCCACAUAGGUGGCGUGUUUAUCCUGUUAACGCUUGCAAUUGCGAGGGAACCAACACUCUCCACCUCCGCACAAUUUGAUAACGCAAUUCAACUCAAAAAGUGAGAAAGAACCAAACUAAAACAAUUUUCAACUAUAAAUAGUUCAUAAUUCAUUCAGUUGAGUCUUUUUGACUUUUUCAGAAAUUAUUAUUAUUAUUAGUUUUAGAAUCACAGAGUUAUGGCAGCUUCUUCAUUAUCCAAUUUAAAAACACCACUUCACUUUCAUUCCUUCAAAAACCCUUUCUAUUCUCGAUUCAUUCCGUCACUUUCUCACUCCUUCAACAACCCUAGGCCGUUUCAUUCUGCUUCCUCUUCUCUCAAAGUUGCUGCUUCUUCUUCCGAUUCUGCUGAUAAUUUGCUCCAGAAGCCGGUUAUUUCUCAAGGGAAAGGAAUUGGUGAGGAACAUUGCUACGAACAAGAGCAAGAUGAUAAUGCUGAAGAAGAAGAUAAGUGGUUUGAUUGGGAAGAUCAGAUUUUACAAGAUACCGUUCCUUUGGUUGGGUUUGUUAGAAUGAUUCUUCAUUCUGGAUUAUAUGAAAGUGGAGAUAGAAUAACUUCAGAGCAUGAAAAAACUAUUAUUGAGAAGCUGAUUCCAUUCCAUCCAGAAUCUGACAAAAAGAUUGGCUGUGGAAUAGAUUAUAUUACGAUUGGAUAUCAUCCUGAUUUUGAUCGCUCUAGGUGUAUGUUCAUAGUGCGAAAAGAUGGAGAGAUGGUUGAUUUUUCAUAUUGGAAAUGCAUAAAGGGUUUGAUCAGAAAGAACUAUCCAUUAUAUGCAGACAGUUUCAUUAUCAGGCACUUCAGAAACCGGAGUCGUAGCUUCUCAAGUUAAUAUCUUCUGAAUGUUGUACAAUUAAAUGUUCCAUUUUUCGUGUUCUCUGAUUGCUGAUAGCUAGCAUACUAUUUUAAUAGUAUGUAAAUAAAAACUACAGAAAUUUAUGGAGUUCACUGAUAAUCGCCAUCUGGAUAUAGAAUCCAUUUUAUUAAUGAUGAGUAUUGACAAUAUGUUUGCAGUGAUUUAAAAUUAUGGGAACGUAGAUUUUGUAUAUAGACCUUGAUGACAAUGUUCCUUUCAGUUAAUUUAAAGAAAUUGAAGUUUAGUUUAUUUUUAAUCCAAUGCUGUUGUGUUGUAUAGGAAGACAUGUUAUCCUAUUUCAAAUUUUCAGAUCUCAACGGUUGAAUUAGUAAUAAAUAUUAUGGUAGAGAAUGGACUACUAUAAUUGACAGUUCCUGUCUCUCCCUUCUAUAUGAGACACCUGUAUUAUCUUGGUCUUUGUUGGUAGAAAAAUGGGCAGGUGUCCUAAUAAGUUUGGGCUGUUCCAUAGUUGGUUGGUGGCUCAGUGACCACAUGGCUUGAAACAGAAAACAUUUCUUUCCUUUAAUAACAUUCAAUUUGAUUUUAUUAUGGGGAGAUCGAAUCAUCCCUUGCCACUUUAGGCACUUCUACUACCACAAAUAGAUCAAGAUGGAUGAUUAGUAAAUAUAUAUAAACCGUUAAAACCUAUAAUAUAUUCUUAAUCUAUUUGUAGUGUUUAUUAGAUUGUAUAUUUCCUCUUUAGGCUUAUAUAACUUCUUUAAUAUUUAAGAAGAG